AUGUCCGAGCUAGUUUUCCUCCGUUUGCCCCGUCAAGACGACGACUCGGUGUCCAAUAUGCCUCCACAAUCUCGCAGUGCAUAUAUCCACUACAUCCUCCCGGCUGAACAGACGGCGAUCGAGAGAGAAGGUUUAAACCCUCAGGACAUUUCAAAACAGCGACGCUACAUUGGCGUUCUUGGCGGCUUCCUCAUCGAACCUGUCAACGAGACGGCGCGUAUUUGUCUUUCAACUGAGAUCGAGAGCUGCCUAGGAUCGUUUGAGCGACUUGUGGAGCUUGGGCAGUUCUACUACAUCCACUGUGUUCGGCGUUUCAAAUCCGCCGCUGACCUCACACCUAGGAUGUCAUCUCGCCCCUCGUUAGAUAGCCUUGCGGAAGAGAUCACACCCCAUCUCGUCACCACCCUGCAAAAUCACUCGGAAGCAAAACGACUUGCACUCUUCCGUGACGGGUUUCAGUGCAUACUGACCGGGAAAUUUGAUCUCGGGAUGUGGUGCAAGUACCCGAGCAAAUUUCCGUUAGGCGCUGCGAGUCGGCUUGCCCCCACGCAUUGUACACAUAUUAUACCUGAACCCGUCAAUAAAUUGACGCCUUUCGCUAAUCCAGAGGCGAAGUUGGCGACAGGCUUCUCGUCGAUCUUGGAACGCUUUGGUUAUCCUGACGCGUGGAGUGAAUUGAACGGGCACAAAUGUCACCGGCUGAGCAAUGCCUUGACCCUCUCUGGAGAGGCUCAUAUGCUGAUGGACCGCUUAUGCCUUUGGUUUGAGAGCACUGGCGAGGGGAAUGGGUGGCCCGCUCAAAUAACGUUCAAAGUUCGCGACGAUCUCGGGAUUCCAGGGAUCCUGCCUCCUAAGGAGGGCAGCAUGGACUUGCCUCAUCCGGACUUCCUUGCACUCCACGCAACUUGUUGCAAAGUCGCGCACCUGGCGGGUGCGGCCGAGACUCUCGAGGACUCGGCGUUGCAUCGUGGUCUUGCACAGGACGGCAGUUCGGCGGAUAUGCUCUUUGAAGAACUGUACAGUCUCGUCGAUCCCAUGUAA